UGCAGGGAGCAAAGCGGGAAUUCACGUGAUGCUUCUUGACUAUGCAUCUUCCAAGAAGAACUUGACGCGUGAGAUUACUUUUCGAUAUUUGUAUCGAUAGUUCUGGAGGUAAUUCCACGAGAAAUCGGCAGCGAUGGAAAGUGAGGACCAAUCUGAGCCGGAAAGGCCCGAGCCGCUCAAUUCCUCGCUGAGCGUCGAGGAAAGUUUUUCCACGCCAAGGAGUCCCAGCGGGCUCUGCAUCGUGACGGAUGACGAAGCCUCCCGCAGCAGGAGCAGGCCCAAGUCGAGGCCCAAGCCCAGAGGGGAAAGUCAGAUCGAAGGCCAAAAAAGGCCUGCUAGCUCCGGACCGUCUUCGCCCCCCAUGAAGAAGAAACUCAAGUUGGAUGAGGUCGUGAAUCCGGAGAAUGUGGAGGAUGGGGAUCUCUUAGAAGGGAAAGUGACUGUGCCUGUGAAGAGUCUCAUAAAGAUGGAUAAGGACAUGACUGACAAGGCAUCUCAGGAAAAUCUCACUCGCCGAAAUGUCAAGUCCAUUUUACACCAUGUUCUGACCAACAAAAUGGUUUUGACCAUGGUGAAGAAGUCUCUCAGGGAUCAAGGGGAAUGGGACAGCGACAACGAAGACUCGGAGGACGACGAGUCCGUGCUCGUCUGGGAGCCCAAGCUCACCCGGGCCAGAGCCAAGGAACUGAUGAAAGGGAAGGAGGCUUUAGAGGGGGAGGUGAGAGUGGUAGGGAAGGAUGAAGAUUCGACAACUGCUCUCCUCACCAACGAAUACCCGGAGGACGAAACGGACGACGAAGAGUAUCAGCCAAAUCCUGAACAGGAUCAAAGUGAUGAGGAGACACAAAGCAUAAUUUCAUCAUGCAUUGCAAGUGACAUCGGGUCACCUGUCGUGAUGACGCCUCGAUCGACUGCCACCGACGAACCAUCGCAGGAGGCAGUGUUUCGUGAACCUCAGAGUUCUUUUAGGAAAUGUCUUGAUUUCCAAAGUUCAUUCAACCAGGAGUGGAUAGGCCUGAGGACAAGAUCAAAAUUUCCCCUGCAAGACACAAGCCUGGAGACAUUGGAGAGGUCCUUCGUUCCCCCGGACAUCUCGGCCGACAUGUACGAGUCCGGCCUCGAGGAAGAGGACGAAGAGUGGAAGAACUUCUUGCGAGAGUAUGCACUCACCUCGUAUGAAGCGAGACGCGAAGAGUCCCAGGAGACGGAGGAGGAGGAUGACGAUCCCGAGUACAAUUUUCUGGAAGAGGAGGGACAGGAAGACCCUGAUCCGGAGGAGGUGAGGAAUGAUCGGGCAGUGAAGGUACCCAAGAAGGAAUUGACGGAACUGUGGAAGGAGCUCAUGGAAGAUCCCUACUUCCGGACGUCUCCCAUCAACGGUGACGAAGAGGAUGACAAUGAGAAAGAGGUUGAAACUCAAACCAAGUCCAAGGACAAAGAGAAAGAGGCUUCAUUCAGAUCCAAAGAAAAGCAGAUCAGCUCAUCUGAAGACAGCAGUGAUGGAAAAGAAAGACAUACCAUGCCAAAAGAGAGCAGAGUGGGUAAGGAGAAGAAAGGGGAGAAUGAAGAGGAGGAAGAAGAAGAAGAUGAAGAAGACGAAGAUGAGGAGGACGAGGAUAUGGAGAGGGAAGAAUCUACUGAAGGAUCUGAUGAAGAGGAUGGAUCAGAUGUGGAGGCAGGAGGAUGCAUUGAUGAUGGAAUGCCACCACUGGAUUCUGUGAUUUUCACCUCUCAACAGCUGACCGUCCUCGAGGUUCAGCUCCGCCAGCAUGUCCAGCUUCUGUGCCAGACCUUCCUCAUCUCCUCUCUGUCGGAUUCCACCUGUCCCACCACUAAUGCUGCCAGGUCUCACCUGAUGGAGUUGUCAAGCUUCGCUGCAUCGAGGAAAGAGAAUGCAUCUUCCAUAUAUCACAUCAGAAACCUGGAACCUGCAGUUCAGCUGGUCAAAGACUGGAAGCUCCCAUCUGUUCUCCCAAAGGUCCUAGCUCCCCAGAAGAAAAGGAGAAGGAUCAAUGCAAAGGGGAGACUGAGGCUGCCGCUGGAGCUGGCGCAGACGAUGUCCACAUCGAAGGCCUUUCUAUACCCUUCCCUUCUUCCUGCAUUCCGGGUGAAUCCUCUAUCCUCCAGCGCCACGAGAGCCUUCCUACCGGCCGAGGACAACCUCAUCGCCCUCGGCUUGUCGGAGUUCGUGCCGUUUGUGGAGCGGGAGGGACUGUGCUCGAAGGGGAGCGAGCUAGACGCUGCUCUUCCCUUCGUCCGACGCUUCCUUCUCCCGUCCCGCACCGUGCGACAGCUUCGACUCCGGAUCAAGAACCUUUGUACCAGACCUGGCAACUGUAACAAUUCUGUUAAGUGUUUCCUGGAGAAUGGAAGAGUGCCAGUUCUGAGGACUCCUUUGCAGAGCAUGGGGUCCAAGGAACUCUCUCCCCUGUAUCUCCAUCCGCUGGCCAGUUUUCCCCGCAUCUGGCGUCCGCAUAUCGUACAGGAGAAGCGAGUGAAUGGCCUCAUCCGACCCAAACCUGCCGUUGGUGAGCCUGGAUCGAUGAAGAUGCCAGCCCUGGUGGCACGAGUGAUCGUCACACCACCGAAAUCUCUCCCCGUCGGAACGUCAGCAUCGGAGCCUCCAUCGAUCCCAUCCCCACACAACUGGAUAAGCCCCGCCAAGACCGUGUCCCCAAUCUUAAAGAAAUACCGAAGACAGACACGGUCUCGCACUCGGGCGCAGGCAGCCCGCUCCCUCAUAUUCAACUUACCGCCAAUCUGUCCUCGCCCUGCGGAAUCUUCCAGCCAACUCAAUAAUCCUGCAAAUUCUCCAGUGCAGCGAAUUAUAAUUCCUUGCAUCACGAUUCGUAUGCAACAGAGUGAGAAAGCAGAGCCAGUGGCAACACUGAGUGUUCCUAAAAAUUUUCCUUCCAUGCCAAUCAUCUCCAUGGCAACACCAGUAAAGGAUCAAGGGUCAUUAUGUCUGCAGAACAUUGUAAACCAGACAAUUGCAACUCCUGGGUCCAAGCUUCUCCUAACUGAAUCUCAAAAUACCCCCAGCUCUGAACAAGUCACACCUAGUACAAGCAUAGUAACACAGGAACCAGACCUUGCUGACAAGUCAAGAAAAGGGACUGCUGAUGAGCAGUCACUGAGUCAAGAGGAAAGAGAUGCCCUGCAGCCAGAAAAAGAAACCGACUUGGUGCAUGAGAACAUGGCUGCCCUCAUGAAGGCCAGCAUGGUGAUCUCAACCCCAAAGACAUUGAAGAGCUGCAAGAAGAAGGCAUCAGUGCGGCAGGUCCGUGAAGCUAAGACCACGAUGGAGAUCCUGAACAAGACGAUGGACCCUGCUCAUCAGGAGGAAAAGGAGGCAGUCAUUGCUGAGGCCUAUUACGACAAGCUGAGGACCAACCUCGACAGGUUGGCCAUGAAGGAACUCCAAGAUGCCAUCCUUCAGUUCGAGACAGGGUCCCGCUCCGUGCGAGACAUCUACAGGGAAGUGCAGCGGGUCCUGCGCCCUCACCCGGACCUCCUGUAUGAGUUUGCUGCAUUCUUGACUCCAGAACAGGCGAUGGAAUGUGGCGUUUACCAGGACCUGCUCUUCCUCAACCGUGUCCACAGUUUCCUUGUUUCCCUACAUGUUAUGUUUGCAUCACAGCCAUCCCAUCUGCACAAAAUCUCCAAGACAUUGAUGCAAGCUAAAAAGGCCUGUGCUUCUGAUGAACAGUUGAAGAAGGCUGUUCUCCCACUCCUAAAGGGGAAUCAGUAUCUGAUUGAAGAGUUUCUUUUGCUCCUGCCUAAGGAGAAACCCCCUGAAAGGUUGCUCACAGACUACGAGGACCUGCCGUUGUCAUUCGACAACGAGGGAAACGCGGUGGAGAUGCCGGAGCCCCGUGGCUACGAGAUCCUGAAGCUACCCCCGCAAGUGUACGAAGACAAGUACGGUGGUCUGGAUUGUCCCUGCAAGUGCCACGAAUGCGACAUCAAACGAUACCAACUUCGUCUGGAGCAUUGCGUCCCGUGCGGAAUCCGCUUCGUCGACGGCAAGGUCUGCCUGAAGUCGGACAAGAAGUUGAAGGCGUUGGAUGCCGACGACAUGCGGUGCAUUCUCGCCUGUCACACUUCUCCAUCGGAUGAGGCUCGGGGCAGAAAACGUGCCAGCAAGAGCAAUAUUCUGGGCCCAGAUGUGUUGCCGUCAGAGGAGGUACCUGCAUGUGGGAAGAAAGAUCGAACCCCAGGGAAGAAGGAUAGAGAGUGGAGCCGUAAUGAGGACAUGAUCAUCCUCUCCACCUGUAAGGAGAAAGGGAUCUCCGAAGCCAGCCUUCAACAUGCUCUUGCGGCUCUCCAUGGGCGCUCCCUCGAAGAGGUGAAGAAGCGAAUGGAGGACUUGCUGCAGGCGUUGGAGCUGGCAUCAUCCGAGUCCAAUCAGUCAGAUGCAAGCGCAAUCGGCUUGCCUCUACGAGACCAGCCUUCUGCCCGCAUCCUCUCUCUGGGCGGAGCUCCUAUUCGAGACCAUUCCGACCUCGGCGCGUCGCUCAGCCCUCCUCCUCCAGGGUGGCACUCGCCUUCCGAGACUGGGAGAGUGUGCGUGGCCAGGAGAGCUCUUCCCUGUCUCUUUCGGCCGUUUCCAGCUGUGUCAAUCGUGAGAGCAGAUUCCAUUUAUCGGGAGCUUCAGGUAGAAAUGAAGCAGAUGCCCACAGGGAAAGCGGUGCCGGCUUUCGGCUUCCUCGCCGUCGGCCUCCUCAUGACAUGGGACACCCUGGCGAGGUGGCACCGGAGUCGUCUGGAUCCUGCCGCUGCCCGGUACCGAAACUCACUGCGAUUCGUUCCGGGGCGAUUGCCAUGGGAGUACAUCUUCAUCGCUUGCGUCUGCCUCGUCGGACUCAUAGGAGAAUUAUAUUUUCAUCGAGGUUUGGGGUUGAUGGGGUUAAAACAUGCUGGAAGUUACCUUGGGUUUCUGUUUCUCUCUUGCGUUUUAUUCGCCAAGGAGUUGAGAUUGGAAACGCUUCCACCUAAUUCUGAUUAUGCUGCCUUCAUCCUCGCCUUGUCACUUCAGUAUAUCCUUCUGGCUUUCAACCACGCUCAAUCUCUACUGGAUGACAUGACCGUCGCGGCCCUUCGGUACGUGAUACUGACUGGCAUCGUGGCCACCUCGCUGGAGAUGCUGAAACCGCAUCACGUCAUGGCCGGGUUAUUCCGAUGUUACGCCGUUUUUCUGCAAGGGACGUGGUACUCCCAGAUGGCAGUCAUCUUCUCCCAGAGACACUCUGGCUGGGACUUCGAGAAAAGGGAAAAUGUGACGAUCGCCACCGUGAGCUUCACAUUGCAGGUCGUCCUCGACGCCGUCUUCAUCCUCGUUCUCAGCUUCAUCAUGGGAAAAUGUCAGAAAACGAAAACCUUCAGGUUUUCCGCUGUAAAGUCCACGGAAUCUCAGGUGGCAGCACAUUAUCCUUUGAAAAUGGCGCGUCCUAUGGAUGGCGUACUGAAUCAAAAAUCCCCGAUAGAGUUCCUCACAAAAGAAAAUGUAACCCUUGAAAUCAUUCAUUUGCGACUGCAGAAUGCGUAUGGGACGUGGUACUCCCAGAUGGCAGUCAUCUUCUCCCAAAGACACUCUGGCUGGGACUUCGAGAAAAGGGAAAAUGUGACGAUCGCCACCGUGAGCUUCACAUUGCAGGUCGUCCUCGAUGCCGUCUUCAUCUUCGUCCUCAGCUUCAUCAUGGGAAAAUGUCAGAAAUCGAAAACCUUCAGGUUUUCCGCUGUGAAAUCCACGGAAUCUCAG